CACACCGACAAUGAGUACCGGGAUCCCUCCAACAACUUCUGGCUUGAGGUCUUUGCUAACGCCUGAACGGCUGUUGUCAAUUUUCAAAUUGGGAAUACCAUGGCCCAAGGACGUACAACUGAAUGGCCAAGUCUGGGCAGAAAAACCCGAUGAAUCAACCUGGCGGCUAGAAUGUUGGGAUGCUCUCGUUGCUAUUAGCAAAUUAGGCCUUAACAGCGUGCCGGACAUGAUGUCAUUUCUCCCCGACCCGUCCAGCGAUGACUUCCCUGAACAGGCUCUAGGUAUAAUGCUGCUACUCGACCAGGCGCCGAGGCUGGUUUGCGAAGGGCUUGAUGAGAGAUGGCGCAACGACUAUUUCGACCAUUUAGCAUUAAAAUUUGCCAGACAACUCCACAUGCUUCCUCGCGACCAAGGGAUUGAGACGAAAGAUCGCUGGAUAACUCGAAGCGGGUACACCUUUGAGCAUUGGACCGCGCUACGCAUCUUCAUUGCCGCGCCGUUUGCUCAUGCAGAAAACAUGGAGUGCCAAGAUAUCCAGUCUUCCAUGGCCCGCGAGCUCCGCCGCGAAACCGCGGACCACUACAACGCUACGGACCAGUACCACGCCAAGGAUCCACACUUGCGUGAUUCGCGAGACACACUUGCUUUCGCGAGGAUCGCGGGAACUGGGGGAGCAGAUAGUGAUGAAGUUAAGGAUCACGUCUUUUGGUAUUGCUGGAUCAUGGAUGCGCAUCCGCCUAUUAUUCGUGUAUUUGGACGCUAUCCAUAUCGGAAUGCAGCGGUGGGGCGGGAGAGUACGGAGGAGGAGAAGAAAUUCCUGGAGAAGACGCAGCACUUUGGCGAGCUUUCUGAUAAAGAGGCGGCGAACAAAAUUAUGAAGGAUGUUAAGGAGGGUCAAUGGACUCCUCUUGGGGGUUAAAUUAAGGGUUGUAGAGGGCAGAAAAUCUAGUCUUGGACGAUAAGGCUCGAUGCAGGAGAGUC